GUCUUAAGCCGGGCAUUAUUGUAACUCUACUAAAAUUGAAGAAGGAUGUCGAAAUACCGCACCAGAUAUUCUUGGGAGGAGAUUUCCCUCCUUUGUUUCCCUUAUUUCUCCUCAGACUCCUUUUGCUCUCUCUCUAGUCUGUAAUCUGUAUCGCAGCUGAGCUUCAAAUCUUUCUGAUUUUGCACAAUCAAAACAACUUGUAGCUGAAAUGGGUGGAGGAGAAGAAGAAGAAGCGCAUUUGCGUCCAGAGACGGACAACAACAAGAGGAAGUUGGAAGAAAUCCAGCUCGCGAAGCAGAAAGCUCAGGAGAUUGUAGCUCGACUUGUUAAUGAUGCUGGAACCAAAAGAACUCGCUUCGACGACUCCUCAGAAGAUCCCUCCAGUGAUUCUCAAUCGCAUCCUCAAUUUUCGGACCUUGCGCAAAAGCCUUCCAUUCAACUUUCUUCAAACUCAACGAUGGGUUCCUUUCCGUAUGCUUCACAAUCAGGUUCAUAUCAUGCUUUCCAAGGCACUAGUAAGAAAGUAGAGAUACCAAAUGGCAAGGUUGGAGUAAUUAUUGGGAAAGGAGGGGAUACAAUAAAGUAUCUUCAGCUUCAGUCAGGAGCUAGGAUCCAAGUUACCAAGGACACAGAAGCUGAUCCAUAUGCUCAGACAAGAAAUGUAGAAUUGACUGGUACAGCAGAGCAAAUUAGUAGGGCGGAACAACUAAUCAAGGAUGUACUUGCAGAGACGGACACGGGGGGAUCUGGUCCAUCUGCAACUCGUGGAUCAUAUCCUAUGCAACAGGGAGGCGAGCAAGUUACGAUGAAAGUUCCAAAUGACAAGGUUGCUUUGAUCAUUGGUAAAGGUGGUGAAACCAUAAAGAACAUGCAAAGCAGGUCUGGAGCUCGUAUUCAGAUUAUCCCAUUACAUCUUCCUCCGGGUGAUACUUCAAUAGAAAGAACAGUAUAUAUUAAUGGAACUAAAGAGCAAAUUGAGUCUGCCAAAGAAUUGAUCAAUGAGAUACUCAGUGGGAAUCGUGUCAGAAAUCCAUCAAUGUCUGGUGGUUAUGCACAGCCGGGUUACCAACCGCCUGGAAACUGGGUUCCACCGGGGCCUCCUCAAAUGCAACAACCUGCUUAUGGUUAUACACAGCCUGGAACAUAUACUUCACCACCUUCACCCUACUACGGCAGCUAUCCUCCACCACCAGCUAGAUGGGAUCAGUCAAGUCCAUCGAGUGUGCCUCCCGCAACUCAGCAAGCCACUGGGUACAAUUACUAUGGACACCCUGCCCAGACAGGAUCUGCACCGCCUAAUGUAAGCUAUGGCUAUGGUCAAACACCUGCUUCCGGCAAUGGCUAUGAUCAGGGUUACGGUCAGCAGCCACAAGCUUAUGGACAGGAUGCUGUGACACAGGGCCCUCAGCAGGAUCAGCAAAAACCAUAUGCAGUAGCAGGGUAUGGGCCACCCACUACACCGCCUCAGUUUGAUGGAACAACUCCACCCCAGCCUUAUGGAGCUCAGUCUUCAACCCAACCAUCGCCUGCAUAUCCAGCCCCUUACAGUCAGCCAUCAGCAGCUCCGAUUGCUGGGUAUGGUUCUCAGAGCUAUGCUGGGCCUCCUACACAUCAACCUGGGUAUGACCAGACAGGUUUCACCCAAUCGGGGUAUGGAGCACAGCAACCAGCUCUUACUGGUGCGCAGCAACCAGCUCCACUCCCUCCACCAGUUCAGAUUCAAACUUCACAGCCAGCUUAUGGUCAAGCUGGGUAUCCUCCACAGCCAGUCCCACCACACUCCAGUUAUGUUCAGAGUACUAAUCCUCCUGUUUACGGGCAGUCACAACCUUCCCCAACAACUCUUGGAUAUGCACAGCCAGUGGCUUAUGGAGUGGAAAGAAAUGGAGAGGGAAAUACUGCUCCUCCAAGUUAUAGCUCUGCACCUGUGGUACAGGAACCUGCUCACCCUCAAAGCUGAAGGUAUGAUGGCCAAGAGCUGUUGCUAUCUUUUCAGGCAUCUUCUGGAACUUUUGAACAUAGAGAAUUCAGUUAGUCUGCCUAUCCUAAUGGGAUAAUUGUGUUUUACUUUAUUUUACUUGAAGGCAACCUAUGGAUGGGAAAUGGAGGUCCCAAAACAAGAAACUCCUAUCAGAAAUCUUGUUCCUAACUGGCAUCUUUCUGCUAAGAAAAUGAUUAGAAAUAGAAUUUAGAUCCAGUUAUUUUUA